GCUGUGUGACGUAUCCUCACUUCCUCUCUGGCCUGCAAUGAGCUGUUGUUCUUAAAAUGGCGCCGUUAGACCUGGACAAGUAUGUUGAAAUUGCGAGACAGUGUAAAUAUCUUCCAGAGAAUGAUUUAAAGAGAUUGUGUGACUAUGUGUGUGACCUACUUCUAGAGGAAUCAAAUGUACAGCCAGUAUCCACUCCAGUCACUGUUUGUGGUGACAUCCAUGGACAGUUUUAUGACUUAUGUGAACUCUUCAGAACUGGAGGACAAGUACCAGACACAAACUACAUUUUUAUGGGUGACUUUGUGGACCGAGGAUAUUACAGCUUAGAGACAUUCACAUACUUGCUAGCACUUAAAGCUAAGUGGCCGGACCGCAUCACACUUUUGCGGGGAAAUCACGAGAGCAGGCAGAUCACACAAGUGUAUGGCUUUUAUGAUGAGUGCCAGACUAAGUAUGGAAAUGCCAAUGCUUGGAGAUACUGCACUAAAGUGUUUGACAUGCUGACUGUUGCUGCCUUGAUAGAUGAACAGAUCCUUUGCGUGCAUGGUGGCCUUUCACCUGACAUCAAAACUCUGGACCAGAUCCGCACCAUUGAACGUAACCAGGAAAUCCCUCACAAGGGUGCGUUCUGUGACCUUGUGUGGUCUGAUCCAGAAGACGUUGACACCUGGGCUAUAAGCCCGAGGGGUGCUGGAUGGCUCUUUGGUGCCAAGGUCACCAAUGAGUUUGUUCACAUCAACAACCUGAAGCUGAUUUGUCGGGCACAUCAGCUUGUUCACGAGGGCUACAAGUUCAUGUUUGACGAGAAGCUGGUGACCGUGUGGUCAGCCCCUAACUACUGUUACCGCUGUGGCAACAUUGCCUCCAUAAUGGUUUUCAAGGAUGUCAACACACGGGAGCCCAAGCUGUUCCGGGCUGUGCCAGACUCGGAGAGGGUCAUACCCCCAAGAACGACAACACCCUACUUCCUCUGAGUCUGCAGCCUUCAAGCCCCACUGUGUCCACCCUCCCCUCUUUGUCAUCAUGGUCAACCUUUCUUCCUGUUUUUUUUUUGGUAUGAUGUGCAGCUUCUCUACCCACACUGUCCCACUCCAAGAUUGUGAUGAACUUAGUGUCUGUUUCCUGAAUAAGGAAGGAUUAAGCCUGGUCUGCAAAGCAGUCUGAAUGGAGAUACUAAACUGAUAGGUAUAUGUAGUCCAGGAUUAGGCUUAAUUUUGUCCAGAAAACCAAAUCUAAGUAAUCUUUGCAUUUGCACAGGCCAUUCUCUUGAUGAGUGUAAUCUUGUCAUGCACAAAUUUUAGUGGAAUCUAGAGUAGACCUUCUUUCUCUUGGUGCUGUUUUCUUACUUCCUCCUACAUAGUAUUAAAUCUACUGUCAUAAAGUACUACUCUCAUGAAGACCCAAGCAGAAGACAGGAUAUUCUAGAGAAACACUAUCCAUGUGGUGCCAGGAGACAGAAACGACUUGAUGGCACAAAAAUAACUACUUUCAACUCUCAGCAACCCGUGAGCACCAGUUAAUUGAGUUACGGUCAAGCCUGAAGGUUUAUGCAUGUGCGAAGACAUCAUAAAGAGAGAAAUGCUGAAGUAUGUUGCUCUACUUGUAUGCAUAGAUCUGGCCUUGUUAUGAGUACUGUAGUGAUAUGGUAUAUUGAAUACUAAAACCUUCAAAUAACGAGAUGGGGAUGAGGGUGGACCAGUCAAUAAGACAGAGAAGGCUGUGAUUAUUUUGUACAUUUAAAUAAUUGUAUUGAUUAUUUCAUCAUUUUUCUCAGAUUUGUUGUAUUUUAUUGUAGAAAUGGCAAUCCACAUACCAAUUAAAUAUUAAAAAAUAAUCCCCUUUAUUAUUAAUUUAAA